AUGGCACAGCCCGCCAUCGUCACCACCGCCCGAGGCCUCGUCCUCGUCAUCCCCUGGCUCAUCUGGCUCCUCGUGGCAGACAUCAUCCUCUCCCUCCUGCUGGUCGCCCGCGCCGUCCUCUCGCCCACGGCCGUCUACAACCUCUCCUCCCACACCGCCGCCUCGGUCUGGCUCUGGAUCCAGCACAUCUUCGAGACGGCCAACGGCGCCGAGAUCACCACCUCGGGCGACCCUUUACCGCGGGCGGAGUCGGCCAUCGUCGUCGCCAACCACGUCGCCUGGGCCGACUUUUACAUGAUCCAGCACCUCGCCGUGCGCAGCGGCAUGCUCGGCCGCUGCCGCUACUUUGCCAAGGCCCAGCUCAAGCGGGUGCCCUUCCUCGGCUGGGGCCUCUGGGCCAUGGGCAUGCCCCUCGUCACCCGCAAGUGGGCCCACGACCGCCGGGAGCUGGACCGCGUCUUCGGCGGCAUCGCCAAGGGCCGGUGGCCGAUUUGGCUCAUAUCCUACUCCGAGGCCACGCGCUUCACGCCCCGCAAGCACGCCGAGUCGCAGGCCUGGUGCGCGGCCAACGGCCGGCCCCAGCCGCGCCAUCUGCUCUACCCGCGCACAAAGGGCUUCGUCGCCACCGUGCGGCACCUGCGCGCCGCGGCGCCGCACGUCCGCGCAGUGUACGACCUGACCAUCGCCUACGCGGACCACACGGGACAGUUCGGCGCCGCGCCGUCCAUGUGGGAGACGCUCAGCGCGCCGGGGCUGAGUGCCGCCGCCGGCACCGGCGGGGAGGGCUACCGCUUCCACGUCCACGCGCGGCGGUUCCCGCUCGAGGACCUGCCGCCCUCGGACGAGGAGCUGGCGGCCUGGCUGGAGAGCCGGUGGGUGGAGAAGGGGGAGUGGCUCGAGGGGAAGAGGUUGGAGUGGGCUGCGUCGCCGGCCGAGGGGUGA